GUGCCUCAUGAGAGGGACGCGUCCUCGCGUGCAUGGAAUGGAAGAACCACCUGUUCUCCACCUAUAUCUAGUGGCGUUUUGGAGCCGGCUAGUGUCCUUGUGAUGCAUCUUUCAUUCUUCUCCCCCCUAGUCUUUAGGAUGCUGCGAACACCGCGCUUGCUCUGAUCCAUUCGGAGAAGCUUAAUUUUAUUUAUUUAUUUAUAUAAUUUAUUAACUUAUUUGUGUAUUCGUAAUUUUAUAUAUUUAUUAAUUUAUCGGCCUCCGUCGUCUAUGGAGUCCGCCGGCGGUAGCAUCCCUAGGCCGCAGACGGCGUCCGCGCGCCGGCUGGGGCGCAGCUCCAGCUCUGCUUCCCGCGCCGGCGCUGGGGCGUUCGCCUACGACGGGAUGCGCGCCGCGCCGCUCUUCUCCUCGGCCAACUUCGCACGCUCCCUCCGCAAGGCGGCCUCGUUCGGCCACAAGAAGAAGCCAAGCCCCGGCGACGCCGAUGCAGCCGCGCAGCCGCCCCGCCGGGCACUGAGCAGCAAGGACCAGAACACUGUCCACGGCGCGGACGCCGGGGCGGUGACGCUAUCCCCCCGCCGGUCGCCGCCACAGCCCGGCGUCGGUGCGAGGCAAGGCCCCUGGGAGCCGACGAGGCGGAGGCGGAGCACCGGGGGGGCGUCGCCGGACGAAACCCCGGCGGAUAAAGUAUCGGCUGGCGCGCUGAGGGACAUGAUGGCGCGGAAGAGGGAGGGGUCCGAGAAGGAGGAGACGGUGCACCGGGCGCGCGUGCUCGCCACGCGGCUGCUGCAGUGGCGGUUCGCCAACGCUCGGAUGGAGAAGGCCGUCGCCCGCGCGACCUCCGCAGCCGAGAACAAGCUGUUCUACACGUGGCUCCGCGUGGCGGAGCUGCGCAACAUCCAUGCGGCGAAGCGGAUCGUGGCGCAGCGGCGGCGGCAGAAACUGAAGCUGGAAAGGCUGCUGCGGCCGCAGCUCCCCCUCCUCGCACCAUGGGAGUCGCUCGACAAGCCCCACUCCGACGCCGUCACCGACCUCGCCGGCGCCCUCUCCGCCGCCUGCACACCUCUCCCCGUAACCGCCGGCGCCCAAGUCGACAUGGAGUCGCUCCACGAGAUCAUGUUCGCCUGCGUGGGCACGGUGACCGAGAUCGAAGCCAACGCCGACACGUUCUACGCCACGGCCGGAGCGACGAGCGGCGCGCUAGGCGAGCUUGCAAGCACGAUACGGCAGGAGGUGGAAGGGCUCGAGGAAGCCAUGCGGCUGUCCAGGAUCGUCACUCGCUUGCAGAUGCAGGAGGCGAGCCUUCGAACGAACUUAGUUCAGGCGAAGCAUAAGCGUGAUCACGACAUGGGAGUCGCCUUCGUCGCCCCGGCGACUGCAGCUUCCGGAUGGUGCUAUUGAGUUUUGAUCAGUCUCACACGCUAGCUAUGGCUAAUUUAAGAUAAGAUGCCAGGCUUGUGUCAUCGUGACAGACCGACGGGAGAUGUCACCUCUCUAGACCUGAUUCAUGUAUGUUUGUCCAUUUUAAUAAAUAAAUUACGUUUGUA